GUCAAGAUGGCGUCAAGUUGGAUAAUUGACAUGAACAUUGGUGUGUAGAGAAUAUUUGUUUGUUGUGUCAAAUUGUGUGCAGAAAUUGUUUUUCCGGUGUGGCAGUGGGCUUGCAAUUUUAGCAUUGGUGAUCGCAGAAAUUCAAGAUUGUUACCAACAUCCUCAGGCAAUGAUUACCUGGUCAACCUCAGUCAAUUAAACACCUUCCAGGAUCAUGUCCGAGAAGAAUGUAAUAUGUACUGAAAAGGCGGCAUCGUCGCAUAACAUGGAUGAGAAGCCCCAGGAAAUAUCAAAGAACAAGUAUGAGUUUGUGUUUGUGCGCCCUCCGGAAGCGCCUGUAUUCAGACCCACUUUGGAAGAAUUCAAGGAUCCAUUAGCCUACAUAAAUAAAAUACGGCUAACUGCAGAGAGAUAUGGCAUCUGUAAAAUCAUUCCUCCAUCAUCGUGGUCUCCACCGUUUACACUGGAUGUAGACAGAAUGAGAUUCACGCCACGAGUUCAGCGACUAAACGAGUUGGAGGCGAAAACGCGUAUCAAGCUCAACUUCCUGGAUCAAAUAGCAAAGUUCUGGGAAUUACAGGGUAGCAUGUUGAAGAUUCCAUUAGUCGAGAGACGCGCACUCGAUCUUUAUUCACUGUAUCGCGAAGUGCAGGCCGAGGGUGGGAUUGACGUGGCGUGUCGUGAGCGAAAAUGGAGCAAAAUUGCUAGUAGACUGGGAUAUCCACAGGGUAAAAGUGUUGGCACCAUCCUCAAGAGUCAUUACGAGCGCAUUCUCUACCCCUUUGAGUUGUACACAACAGGAAAGAGUGUGGAUCUGAAACUGGAACCAGACUCCGAAGAUUGUGAUUACAAACCACACGGGAUUGUUUCGCGCCAGCAAGUAACACCGCCGCUUGAAACUACAGCACGCCGUUCAAAACGUUUCAUUCAGAAUACAUCUACCGGUAAUGGAAUUGUAAAGGAGGAGGAUUCACUCCCAAAGCGAUACCAAAUGACUCCUCGAAUGCGGAGAGCGAAGCCAAAACGUGAUGUGACAGUGGAUCCACUGGCCAAGUACAUCUGUCUGAACUGUAAUCGUGGGGAUGCCGAGGAAGCUAUGCUGCUCUGUGAUGGAUGUGAUGAUUCUUACCACACUUUCUGUCUUAUGCCACCCCUUCAUGAGGUUCCCAAGGGUGAUUGGCGCUGUCCCAAAUGUGUCGUGGAAGAAGUAAACAAACCAAUGGAAGCUUUCGGAUUUGAGCAGGCGCAGCGCGAGUACAAUCUUCAUCAGUUUGGCGAUAUGGCGGAUGCGUUUAAGAGCGAUUAUUUUCGAAUGCCCGUAAAUCGCGUGCCUGUGGAUUUAGUUGAGUAUGAAUUCUGGAGAAUUGUGUCAUCAAUUGAUGAAGACGUGACAGUGGAAUAUGGUGCAGACUUGCAUACAAUGGAUCAUGGCAGUGGCUUUCCCACACGCAGUGCCCUUUAUCUUCAUCCGAGUGAUCAGGAAUACGCAGAGUCUAGCUGGAAUCUCAACAACUUACCGCUGCUCGAGGACUCCAUACUCGGUCACAUCACAGCUGAUAUCAGUGGUAUGAAAGUUCCGUGGAUGUAUGUUGGCAUGUGUUUUGCCACAUUCUGCUGGCAUAAUGAAGAUCACUGGAGCUAUUCGAUUAAUUAUUUGCAUUGGGGUGAGCCUAAGACAUGGUACGGCGUACCUGGUGCUCAGGCGGAGCGCUUUGAGCAGACAAUGAAGCGCGAAGCGCCAGAGUUAUUCGCUAGCCAACCAGAUUUGCUGCAUCAACUGGUGACUAUAAUGAAUCCAAAUGAGUUAAUGAAUAACGGAGUAUCAGUGUAUCGCACUGAUCAGCACUCUGGCGAGUUUGUAAUCACUUUCCCUCGCGCCUACCAUGCUGGAUUCAAUCAGGGUUACAACUUCGCUGAAGCCGUUAACUUUGCACCCGCUGACUGGCUGAAAAUGGGCCGCGAGUGUAUUAAUCAUUACUCAACUCUGCGCCGGUUUUGUGUUUUCUCUCAUGAUGAACUCGUGUGCAAGAUGGCUCUGGAGCCUGAUAAUCUUAACAUGGGUAUUGCUACGGCUUGUUUCCUUGACAUGGCUGAAAUGGUGGACACAGAGAAAAAAUUAAGAAAAUCAUUACUUGAAUGGGGUGUCACAAAUGCUUUGCGUGAGCCUUUUGAGCUACUUCCCGAUGACGAACGUCAGUGUGACAGCUGCAAGACCACCUGUUUCUUAUCCGCUGUCCAAUGCGAAUGUACGGGGGCCUUAGUUUGCCUUCGCCACUAUUCUGAGCUGUGCAAAAAAUGUCCUCCUACAGGACAUACACUCAAAUAUCGUUACACUUUAGACGAGCUACCGCUGAUGCUGCGACGACUUAAAGCUAAAGUGGAGACUUUCGAACGUUGGGUACAGCGCGUUCGUAUUGCUAUGAUACCUGGUGGCGCAGAAAAAAUUACCAUUCAGAACUUGCACGCGCUUGUGACGGAAGCUCGUGAAAAGCAUUAUCCACAGUCAGCCAUGCUCGAUUGCCUCGUGGAAAAUCUUAACGAGGCGAAUAAAUGCGUUCGAGUGAUACAGCAGCUUAUGUAUUAUCAAGAGCGUGCUCAGAUAGCUGACACACCCUACAGACUCACGCUCGACGAGUUAGACCUGUUUGAUCUUGAAAUUCGAAAUCUUUGCUGCACAAUUGGUGACACAGCCAUUGUGCGUGAUCUGCACAAAACAGGCAUGCUUAUCACACAGCGGGCACAAGAAAUGCUUACCUGUCCACUUAGCGACAUUGACCUUAAUGAUAUUCGGACAACCAUUGAUGAAGGAACUGCAACGUGCCUUGAUCUGCCCGAGGUAGAAAGAUUGCGAUUGCGCUACCGCCAGGUUGAUGUGUACGCUCGAAUUUUAGCUGCUCGUGAAGGCAGUGGUGACCGCGUAAGUUGCCUAAGAGGAUUGCUUGUAGAAGGCCUAGGUCUAAGUCCGGAACCGCAGUUGGAGGAGCAGCUGGUAAAGUUACAGCGCGAAUUGCGUGUGGCAGAGGAAUGGUUAGAUGAGGUGCAUGAAGUGCUAGAGGGUAGUUCUAUUGUGAAUAUAAGCCAAGUGAGAACUCUCGUAGAGCGUUGUGAUGGUCUCAUGGAUUCCACAAUGAAUGCACAGCGUCUCUAUGAGGCUUAUCAGCGCUACCUCAAAUGGAAUGAAUUAUACGUGGGAAUGCAAUCAAAGAAGGAGUAUCCAUACCUCAGGAGUAUUGAAGAGGCCGUUGUAAUGGCGUUAGACAUCUCAUUUCGGACUUCCGAUAUUCACGAUCUCAUCACACACUUUAAAGCAGCUCUAAAGUGGAGAAAAUUCGUUAAUAGGGCAUUCGUGCGUAAAUCUACUACUUUUACGCUUAUCGAUGUGUUACCGCCACGCACAAGCGCAGUAAUGCCGAGCAUCUUAGACGCCGAUGGACGUGACAAUGACGAGCGGGAAUGGGGUGUUAGCGACGAGAUGACACCUGCGGAGGCAAUUGAGUCAUUUAAACGCGGGGAAGAGCGUGAAUAUUUAGAUAUGAAGGAACUGCGAGAGCAAAAUUCAACAAAAGAUCCAACGCGCGAUAAAUAUUGCAUAUGUGGAGCGGAGUUCAGUGAAAAAACAAUGAAUAGGUGCCAGCUGUGCCUAGACUGGUUCCAUUACACAUGUGUGCCAGCAGCACGCACAAAGGCGUCACGUGAAUGGCCUAUUGACCCAAGUAUGCCGUCUACUUCGGCAGCGGCUAUGCGCAGUAUGGGUGCUAUUGAAACUGAGGUUCGCUUUCUAUGUAUGUCAUGCCAGCGUUCACGACGACCACGACUCACAUGCAUAUUACGUCUGCUACAGGCUCUCAAGGAUAUUCCUAUUCGUAUACCGGAAGGUGAAGCUCUGCAGUAUCUCGCAAAACGGGCUAUUGAUUGGCAAGAACGUGCAAAUAGUGUAUUAGAUAGUGACGAGGUAAUAUCCGUAUUGAGACAAAUAUCAGCAACUGCGCCUAAAGAACCAGAGUCCGAUACUAAAGAUAAAAAGGGUCGGGAGAUCGAGCAUGCCUAUUCUGUACCCACUUUAGAUGCGGAGGUAAAACUUAGCGCUGAUACACUACAACAACUGGAUAGUUUGUUGUUUGAGGCAAAUCUAAUAGAAGUCACCACAGAGCAGAGUGUUCUCAUAUGGCGGAUCCUAAAGCGAGAGAAAAAAGACUCGUAUAACUCUUAUUAUAGUCCGGAAUACGAAGAAUGCGAAUGGGGCUCUUCUGGAAGUCAAAAGCCAUGGAAUGCCUUGGAGCGUCCCACACGACAUGGAAAACUGAAAGCAAGAUUGCGGUUUACAAAUGAUGUAACAACGGUGGUGGCGAAACGAAAACGCACUGAAAUGGCAAAGAGAAAGGCGGAUAAAUCUAAAGUUAAGGGGCAAUCGAAGAAAACAAUUUCCGAUGAUGACGACGAAGAGGGUGAAUGCAGUGCGCCAAAGUGUAUUAGACCAAAUGAGAGAAAAUUUGUGGACUGGGUGCAGUGCGAUGGCGGAUGCGAGAAAUGGUUCCAUAUGAAAUGUGUCGGCGUGCACAAGACACAAGUGACCGACGAAGUGGACUUUUAUUGUGGAAAAUGUACUGAAACUACAAAUACGCGCACUGAAGAAGGAAAUCACGAUACUGGAGAUAUGUUUGAAGUGCGACGUGAACUGUCAUUUGCUGAGUACGUGAAGAUAGACGAGGAGGAAUCAACGCAUCGGUCACCUUGCAGUUACGAUGGUCUCUUUGGUUCCGACAGCGAGCUAACUUUCGAGGAAGAAAUUAAACAACUGAAAGAACUCACAAGGAAUUGUAAGAGUCGACGAAAGUUGGAGAAAAAGUAGUUAAUGAAGUAAUUAAAAACAUAAUUUAAGAGUUUAUUAAACAGUGGGAGGUCACAUAGAGGCAAAUUAUAAAGCAGUGGAUUCCAUAUUUCGAUAUUAAAUUUUAAAGUAAUAGAGUUCAUUAUACUUUCCUAAAGAGAGAACCAGACAUACCAAUGAUUGUACUCGACAUAAACCUAGCGGUUGUUUUAUAACUAUACAGUUAUUUUAAUAGAAAUGUAAAAACUUCGUCUACAAAAGAACUGUUAAUUGAGUAAAAAUUUACCACUGUCCCCUUUGUAUUGUUGACGCUUUUGACUACAGUAUGAAUAAUUAAUUCAGAAAGUAGAGGUGCCGAAUUUGACAGUCCAAAUUUGGGUUAUACACAUUUAUGUUCAAUAAAUUUAGUAUAUUAAAGACUAGUACCAUGAGAAUAACAGAUCAGUUUUGGCGUAUUGCGCAAUAAACAAUAUCUCAUUGGUAUGGUAGAUAUCUGAUAUAAUCUGAAAAAGUAGAUCGAAAUUACUAAAUGAAGGGAUAAACAACUGGCCAGUCUUUCAUGACGCAGUAAGCAAAAAGAAAUCGUGAUACUCGCAUCACUAGACUCACAUUACAAAAAAAGAAAAAUAAUCUGCAAUUCAUAAAUACUUAAUAAUCGUUUGAAAUUUUUCAGUAGUCGAUCAGAAAUUUUUGCUAAACAAAAAGCUGAAAUGCUGUCCAUAUUAUUUCUUCCCAGGUUAUUCAUCAUCCCUAUUGUGUAACGUAAUAUUCAUAGUUCAGUUAAGAAAGUGGCAAUUCCUUAUAUCAAGUUUUUUGCAAAUCAAAUUUAAAGUAUAAGUUUUAUCUGAUACCAAAAGAAGGAAGGAAUAAAUUUUUCAAUCCAAUAUUCAAACCCAAUUCAAUAAUUUUUUAUAUGAAAAAUAUUUUUAUUUUAUUUUGGCAUUUAGCGAAAAUAUUUUGCAAAUUAUUUUUCAGAUUCGCGGAGAUUUUGAAACAUAUCAUGUGUUCUUAUUUCAAUUUGAAUAAUACUUUAGUUUCCUAAAUAGUAAUCCUCAUAUUUACAGCUUGCCAUGAACUGACGAAAUUUCGCGCAAAUUAUGGUUGAUCCAGUUGACCACUUAAAUAAUAAUAAUAUUGUAAUAUCAUUCUAAACAACGACUCUGAAAAUGAGCAGCCAAAGGUACGAACCAACAGACGCCACAUGUCCACGACAGAGCGACACACAGCAAAGCUAAGUGUAUCCUCUCUAUGCGUCUAGCCUCAAGUAAUAAAAUGUAGUAUCAAAGCAUAUGAAAUGCUUAAGUAUGCUAUAAUUCUGAGGUUCUUCUAAAUUUUCAACAUCUAAACGAAAAUCUUUCUAUUGUUUUUUAAAUGUUUAUCUCGCACUUUGCUGUAUUGAUAAUGUUGCGGGUAGAGUCUUGGGCUUGGGCUAUUGAUUGGCAUAGAGAUCGCCAGAAAAUAAAAAUUAUUAUAAUUAUUAUUAUUUAUUGGCACACUCUAUCUAACAAUACAAUGCAGUUUAUAUAGUUUAUACAGUGGUAGCGGGAAUGAAAAGGGCCCAGAUCCGCAAUGAAUUAAAAGGCAGAGGGAAAAACCGCGAUCUUGGUUCUCAGGGAACACGUGCCGAUCGGGUAUGGCAGUUCAACUUAACACAGUGUUAAGGAAUUUCACUUACACUAAAAAUACUUAUUUCUAGAUAUUAAUAAAUUUCAUUUUUGAAUGAGCCUAAAGCUUUUGACCAAUGGAGGGGAACUAAAUGUCAAUUCUUAAUCUUCAUUUUUCCACUUUUUCUUUUGUCAUAAUUAGCAAAUUGUAAGAGGGAUAGGCCCUAAGUUUUUGCUCAUGCAAUAAAUUGAAAUUGAAAUUGAAAUUAAAUGGAGAUUAAGGACAUGCAGAUGAGUCCGAAGGCAGACCAGGGAGAAUCACAAAGAAUUGCUUGACCUGGAAGUAGCAAAGAUAGGGUUUAAGAUGAAAAGUCGCAGUGGACAGCAUUCGUAUGGAAGAGGUUAAAAAUGGCAAAUUCAGCAUAAUACAAUAAAAUAAUAUAGAAAAGCAGAUAACAAAAAUAUGUUGAUCAUGUAGUAAAUUCAGGCGUAUAAUCGAAAACCCACCGAUUGAAACCUAUAGAUUGAUGACAUGAGUUGUCAUCAGAGACUAGGUCCUCAUGCAAACGGAGAGAGGGUGACUCACUUGGCUUUCGGUGCUGUGAGUCAGUCUCCUCUGAGUGGUCGAAGUUCGCCUGUUGAUCCGCACCUUCGGGAGCCCAUUCUUAGGAAUUAACCCGCACUAUCGAGCUAUCGCGAAUUUGCUACAAUCAUGAAAGACAGGGGAGUAGAGACCAACAGAGUCGGCUCGACAUAUACAAAGAGAGGGGUGUAGGAAGCCAACCGAGCCAUGGGCACAAGGCAACCGCAGACGUAGGAUAUAGGGAGCAAAACGUGAGUGAAUGUAAGGCAGGGCCUACACUGAUCAAAACAUGCCAGUGAUAUGUGGGUUCUGGUGGAAUAGACACACACCCCCAAAAUCACACUCCCCGACGUUCAGGCAUCACAAAGCCAGAUAUCUACAUUCACCAAGAGGGUAGCACAAACCAAUCACUCAAAUAUCAAUUGCUUCAAUUAAUUGUUUAAGUUAAAUUAGUUCAUUUAUAAUCCUCGAUCAGACAAAUGUUCUUCGAACUAAGAAUUUCUGAAAAACUGAACGGAACAUGUUCCAGCCUUGAAGUUGGCGAUAAAUCUUUCAAAUAUAAUAAAAUUCAGAAUAUCUCUGCAUGGAAAACUCAGUUUCGGAACCAAGAUUUUUCUCGUGAAUUGCAGCAAUGGAAUCCAAAGACUCUGUUGAGUCUUCAGGACUUAGCUUCCUUGCUUUCUGAAUAAAUUAACUCUUUUUUUUGGAUCAUCGAAUUUUUCGGCAGGACUCUACAAAUUGUUCGAGUGUCAUUGGCAGAAAACUUAUUUUAUCUACAUGUAGUUGAAGUGUAAAGAAUCCAAACAUUAGGUACUUUUAUGCUGCGUCGUCCUGAUGCAUUACUCUCUCUCUCUCUCUAUUUCUCUCUCUGUAUCUAUCUUUGUUAUUCUAUUCAAAAUAAUAAUAUAACACACAAAAUAAAUUAUAGAUGCCUCUCCACCUCCCAAAUCCAAUUGUACUAAAUGUGAGUAGAUUUAUGAUGACAAGUAUUACCUAAUUUAUGUGAAUAAGAAUAUGGUGUAACUGAUAAGUAAGAUGGUCGAUGUGUGAGAUAAAAAUCACCGUAAAGUGAUCUAUUUUAGAAAAAAAACUGUCUUUUGGAAUUUACGUACUAUAAGUAAAACAGAUUUUUUUAAAACAUACA